AUGGCGACACCGUCGUCGUCGACGUCGCCACCGAUAAUCCGUGCAUGGAGAACAGCAUUUCUUACUCUAAGAGACGAAACCCUAACAACUCGAAGUCCAAAAUCAGAAUCCAAAUCAUUACCACAACUCCUUCACGAUUUACUCUUCUCGUCUCCCUCUCUUCUCUCCGCCGCCUCCGAUCUCCCUUCUCACGAAGUUGCCUCCGAUUUGCUAUUCUUACUGGAAUUGGCGGCGAAUUCAUCACAAGAUUUCUCUUCUAUGUAUCCACACAUUUUGCAUUUGGUUUAUGAUGUAUGCCAAAGGCAACGCAUUUCGCUGCAAUUAAAUUCUAAUUCUUGGAGUGUUGUACUUGAUGCUUAUGCGAAAAUGCUGCAAUUCUUUAUUGGAAAGGCUGGUACUUAUAAUAUUAAACCAGCUAUCGAAUGUAUAGGGACUGUGAGGCACUUUGUGAGUGAAUAUCAGCAAAGCUGUUUGCUAUCAGAUAAUGUUCAAUUAGUGAAAUUCCUUCUCCGGACUGUUGGUUUCUCUCAUGCUCAGUUGGUUAGCUUGUCUUAUAGUAGUGGGAACCAAAGGUCUGGUGGGGCUAUUGGAAAGGUAGCGUCCAAGUCUAGUAGUUUAUGGGAGGUUUAUACUGUUGCGUUUACUAUGCUUGCUGAAGUGUUUGAAAAAGUUGGGUCUUCUUUUCCUGCUGAUAUUUGGCAGUCCACAAUUGAGGUGCUUAGGAAAGUGAUGGAUGCCUUGGCAGGCAAGAACUUGCUUUCCGAAGAUAUUGUUAUGUCCAGCUUGGCAACAACUCUUCUCCGCAGGUUUUAUGCUUCUCUUCUUAAUUGUUUACAUUUGGUUCUUUUGGAUCCUAAAGGUUCCCUUCAUGAUCAUGUGUCGGGUUUUGUUGCAACAUUACGAUUGUUCUUUAUUUAUGGAAUUAACAGUAGACAACAAUUUACAGCCCCACAGACUGUUAACAAGGAGAAGGAACUUAGUUCAGUGAGCCUUAAGUUGAAUUCUAAAAAACCUAUACAAAAAGAUAAUGCUCCAUAUAGGCCUCCACAUUUGCGCAAAAAAGAUGGCCAAAAUAUGAAACAGCCCGGAGCUCAAGGCUCUCUGUGUUUCUCUGAUCAUGAAUCUUCUGCAACCGAUUUCACGUCAUCGGAUUCAGAUUGCAGCGAUAGGGAUGUGUCAGGGAAAGAUGCUGAUGGUAUUCAAAGCUCAAAGGUUCGAGUUGCUGCCAUUGUUUGCAUAAAGGGUAUGAGGGUAGGAAUCAGAGAGGGUGAUGGAAAGGGUAUGCGAAUAAUGUCAUUUACCGUGCUUGUUUUGAACAAAAAGGGGAGGGAAGUAGAAAAAAAUAUUGCUCCCAUGCCUCUCUCAUGCCUCCGAGAUUCCAGCAAGAUGGAGAAUCGUGCUCGGAUUGCCUCUGCAUCGACUAUGGCAGUUAUGCUGGAUGGGCCUUCAUCUGUUUUUAUGCAGGUAGCAGAGUACAAAGAAUCUACUAAAUGGGGAUCUUUUAUGGCACUAUCAAGUUCGCUUGGACAGAUCCUGAUGCAACUUCACACUGGUAAUAGAGAGGCAGGGUGCCAUGCACGCGAAACUCAUAGCAGACUACUAGCAUCAGUGUUCAAGAUUCUCAUGCUUCUUAUAUCAUCUACACCAUAUUCUAGAAUGCCCGAAGAGUUGUUACCAAGAGUAAUUAGUUCUCUACUGGAAAAGACUGAGAAUGGGUUCCCUUUCAAAAGCGAUCAAACUGGUCUGCUGGUUAGCACUAUUAGUUGCUUGACUGCAGCUUUCUCUACAACACCAUCAUCACCACAGGUGAAACAAAUGCUUUUAGAAGAAAUCUCAACAGUUGAGGCUGAGAAGAGGUCUGGUGCUAUUUUUACUAUAUUUCGGCUCUCUGAGCAACUAAGCAGUCCAACAAUAUGCUUUGAGACUCUUCAGGACUGUCUAAGUAGGACUGGUAAACUUGUUUGCAAUCUCUAUGUGAUGAGUUUUGCUUACAGCUUUGCUAUUGAGACUCUUAGAGCUUUGAUGCACAAUUACCCCAACAUAGCAUCUGCACGUUGGGAACACAUUUCUGUCACAGUGUCCAAAAUUUUGAGGGCAGCUACUCCAGAAGCUCCUAUGAGAACUUGGAAGGGACAUGCAGGAGACAAUGUUGGCUUUUUGGGGGAAAAGAUUGUAACAGCUUCUAUCAAGGUUUUGGAUGAAUGUCUUCGUGCAAUAUCUGGAUUUAAAGGAACUGAAGAGAUUUUAGAUGAUAAAUUAUUGGAUGCUCCAUUUACAUCUGAUUGCACAAGGACAAAGAAAGUGUCAUCAGCACCAUCAUAUGAACCUCAUAGUGCAGAAGAUACCAAAGAACAAAAAACAUGUCAUUCAGGAAGCGAACAUUGGUCUGAGGCAAUAGACAAGCAUAUAACCAUGACAUUGCGGCAUAAUUCUCCCAUGGUAAGAACUGCAUCAAUAACUUGUUUCGCUGGUAUUACCUCUUCUGUAUUCUUCUCCCUUGCAAAGGACAAACAGGAGUUCAUUGUUUCUUCUUUGAUCAAUGCUGCUGUAAAUGAUGGGGUUCCUUCAGUUAGAUCAGCUGCUUGUCGAGCCAUUGGGGUGAUCUCUUGUUUUCUGCAAGUUUCACAGAGUGCAGAGAUCCUUGACAAGUUUAUCCAUGCUGUUGAGAUCAACACUCGUGAUCCCUUGGUCUCGGUGCGGAUAACAGCCUCAUGGGCUUUGGCAAACAUAUGUGAUUCUCUGCGUCACUGUAUUGAUGAAUUUCCCGUGAAAAGUUAUACAGGUGCACUUUUAGGAUACCGAAAUGGCUCAAAUGCAAACCUACAUUUAGUAGCAUUUUUAACUGAGUGUUCGUUGCGGCUAACAAAAGAUGGAGACAAGAUCAAAUCAAAUGCUGUGAGGGCUCUUGGAAAUCUUUCUAGAUUUGUCAAGUGUACAAAUUUGUCUGGUGACCAUGAUAAGCCUGUGGAUUCUCUGGACUCAUCAACGAACAAAGUUGAGAUGCUGCCAGAAAGGAGUAGUUUUUACCUUACAUCAAAUUCUCCCAAUCCAACUUCAUUGGGUGACCCACAUUUGCUGAACAGAAUGGUUCAAGCAUUCCUUUCUUGUGUUACAACUGGGAAUGUUAAGGUCCAAUGGAAUGUUUGUCAUGCGUUAAGCAACCUCUUUUUAAAUGAGACAUUGACACUGCAAGAUACGGAUUGGGCUCCAUCUGUAUUUAGUGUUCUGCUGCUGCUACUACGAGAUUCUUCUAACUUUAAGAUCAGGAUACAAGCUGCUGCUGCUCUGGCUGUGCCAGCCUCAGUAUUUGAUUAUGGGAACUCCUUUUCGGAUGUUAUCCAAGGGCUGGAACAUGUACUUGAGAAUCUAGGAUCUGACCAGCUUUCAGCACCAUCAAAUUUCAAAUAUAGGGUUGCACUUGAGAAGCAGGUAACAGCAACCAUGUUGUAUGUUCUUAGUCUUGCUUCAAGCACCGAUCACCAACCUUUGAAAGAUUUCCUUGUGAAAAAAGCCCCAUUUUUGGAGGAGUGGUUUAAGGGCUUAUGCUCCUCAUUAGAGGAGACAGGUUCACAGUCUGAGGCUGGAAGCUCCAUUGGAGACCAAAAGAAACAUAUGAUAUCCAAGGCAAUACAAUCCCUAAUCGAAUACUUCGAAGACAGCCUUGAAGAUCUAGAAGGCCGUGAUAGUGAAGCAAGUUAG